AUGGACCUCAGUUCGCUGCGUAAGCCAGAAUUGAUACGUAUCUGCGAGGAGUUAGGUGUGGAUAUCAGGGGACUAAAAAGAAAGCCGAUCAUUAUCAAGGCAAUUCUCGACUUUGGUACAGAUGAGGCCGAGUUAUCCGAGUGUUGGGAGGAAGUGCAGAGAAUAGACAAAGAGAAAAGGGAACUAGAGGAACAGGAGAGGAGCGACAGACUCAAGUCGCAAGAGGCGGAAUUGAAACGACAAGAGCAGGAGCGGAGCGACAGACUCAAGUCGCAAGAGGCAGAAUUGAAGCUCCAAGAGGCGGAAUUGAAACGCCAAGAGCAGGAGCUCGAGAUGAAGAGGCUUGAACUCGAGCUAGUAAAGUCAAGGGGUGAUCGGGAGGGCAGCCCGGCAUCCAGCACAGGAGAAGGCAAAUCAUUUAAGAUGAAGAACUUAAUGCAGCCUUUUACAAUCGGAGAGGACGUUGGUUUGUUCCUGGUGAACUUUGAGCGCACUUGCGAAAAGGUCGGGUUCGCUAGGCAAACCUGGACGCAGCGUCUCUUAACGCUUCUUCCUUGUCCGGCGGCAGACGUGGUCGCAAGGCUCACGAAAGACGAAGCGGAGGACUAUGAAAAGGUCAAAACAAGCCUCCUUAGAAAGUAUCGUCUUUCCGCUGAAGCCUUUCGGCAGCGUUUUCGUAGCGCCGAGAAGAAGCCGAACGAGUCAUUUCCGGAGUUUGCUUACAAUUUGAGAGCAAAUCUAGUGGAAUGGCUCAAAGGCGUAGACGCGCACGGGGACCACGAUAAAGUAGUGGAGUGCAUUUGCCUAGAGCAGUUCUUGCGUCGCAUCCCUGAGGAGACCCGCCUUUGGGUUCAGGAUAAGCCGGACGCAAGGGCUGUUCAGAGGGCCGCGGAGGUGGCGGAAGUGUUUGCGACUCGCCGGGCCUUAGACGAGAAAGGUCACCCGCGUAAAGAGAAAGCGUUCCCGCCUGGCAAAAGAGAUGACGGGAGGUGGCCAGGGGGUCGAUUUUCGAGAGACGGGCGGCCAAAGAGGGUCGAGGGCGAAAACCGGAAGGAACCAGCGCGAACGAAAGGAGAGGCCGGCGAAGGCGCCGAUGGCAGGGUGGAUCACGAGAAAAAGAAGUCAUUUGAGGCUCGCCGGCCCCUAACAUGCUAUAACUGCCAAAAGCCCGGUCAUGUCGCGGCCGGAUGCAGAGAGCCCAAGGUGGUCUUCGCCUACGUAAACGAUGGCGAUGAGAACCUCCGGUUACUAGAGCCAUAUUUGCGCGACCUAACGGUGAACGGCAGGCAGUGCCGAGUGCUUCGCGAUUCGGCCGCCACUAUGGAUGUGAUUCACCCCUCUUACGUAGACUCUACGAAGUACACGGGAGAGUGCGCGUGGAUUAAACAGGUGGUCGAAGAGCAUAGCGUGUGCCUGCCGGUCGCCAGGGUGCACAUCGAGGGUCCUUUCGGCGCCCUUGAGACGGAGGCGGCCGUGUCGGCCAAUCUCCCGUUGGGGUAUCCGUACCUGUUUUCCAACAGGUCGGAGGAGCUGCUGCGGGAGAGAGGCCAAACGUUUUGUGAGGGCACCGUCCUGGCCUUGACUAGGGCUAAAGCCCGAGACUUGGCAGCAAAACUAGAGUACGGAAAUGAGGCAGACGUUCCCACCGGGAGAACCCCACUUUCGAACGCCUCGCGUUCGGCUGUCAGGGGUGACGUUGGCGCUGCCGAUCCAGAGAGGCGAAAAGAACAAGAAACACCGGUAGAGAAAACCUCGGAAGGGAAGGCUCAAAAAAAAAAAUGA